CUAACCCCUUUAAACUUUUCUGUCCUAUGUGUUUUUACCAUCAAUUACAAUAUCAAAAUCCAAUUGAAAAUCUGGGAUAUACGCUCAGUGGCCCAUCGUAAUAGGCCGCUUCAGUUUAAAAGCGCGUGCAAUUGCAACUUUGAGAUAAAUCUCCGACCAUUUUUACGACCUGCCGAUGGCCGCUCAUUCGAAUUUUAUAGAGGGCCACACAAAGCACUUGACUCAUGUUGAGAGUACCCAAGAAUGGCAAGGGUAGGGAUGGCACGACCGUCCCGCAUCUACUUCCGUUUCGGACCGGACGACGGGGGAUCGGAUUCCAGUUUGUUUUGACUUCAGAUCGGAGACUAAAACAACAAACCGAACUAUGGGUGUCAUAACCGCUCAUUUAGCAGCGGGGCACGCGACGAUUUGAGGUCUUGUGUGUCCAGAUGUUGCGCACAAUUAUCAUAUCAACAGCACAUCAUUGGCAGCUAAGUGAAAAAGCAGAUUGAGCCAUGUGAACUGGGCGAGCAACCGCGUCUUAAUAAGCCGCUCCCCUGGACCUGGAGCUCUCAGUUUUAGUUUAGCUCCAGAGGCGAAAGAACCGGAAUGAAGAACAUUGAAGAAAACGCGAUCUCCGACUCGGGAUACUACAUGGAUAUAACCAAAGCCUGGCUCAACCAAUCCGAAGGAUACACCGACUGCAGCUACGAGUUUAACCAAAAUUCUGCUCCGGUUUACCCUAAUUACUCGAAUUUUGAUGGCAGUUGGCCCAACGAGACCAGAGAACAAUGGCUGCAACCGGAUAUAAACUGUUCAAGCCAGGAGCCAAAGCCCAGAACCACCACGACGAAUCGAAAAGAACGUACGGCCUUUACGAAAUCACAGCUGAAGGAUCUGGAGGCAGAGUUCUGUUACUCCAACUACUUGACCCGCUUGAGGCGCUACGAGAUUGCGGUUGCUUUGAAUUUAACGGAGCGCCAGGUUAAGGUGUGGUUCCAGAACCGCCGCAUGAAGUGCAAGCGCAUCAAACUGGAGGAAGAGACCAAGACGCCAUUUUAGUUUGUACAAGGAC